UCAAGGAAAACACUAGUUUCCGCGUCCGUGUUCUCGUACUCGGACGUAUUUUAUCCAUUUAUUCCGUGUUUACUUAACGUUCAAUUUGUGUCAUAAAUUAAAAUAACCGAUAAUCUUUAAAAAUCAUGUACGUUAUUUAAAUACGAUGAAGUUUUUUACUGGGCGAAGAAAUAUGAUCCGUAUAGUUUUGCCAGUUUUAUUAUUAGUGCUGAUUUCAAUAGCUGCAGAUGUCAACGCUAAGAAAUCGCGGCAUCAUAGGCUUCAGGAAAUUCACGGCAGCAGUAACACGCAGGUGUCGGUGACCGACGACGGUACUCUGUUGCUGCCAACAGUCAAACCCGGCGAUGAGUACGUGCAAGAAUCGGACGAAGACGUGGAAGACAACGAUGGCGAUGACGAUGAAAAUGACGACGAUGACGGCGAUGAAAGUGACGAAGAAGGCGAAGAGUCAGCCGAAGUGUUGGAAAAACAGAACCCGUGUCUCGUGCACUACUGUGGAAGGGGCGAGGAGUGUGCCGCCUUGGGCGGCGUUGCACGGUGCAUAUGCGUGCGGAAAUGCGGUCCGGCUAAGCGCAGGGUGUGCGGAACAGACGGCCGACUGUACGACAACCGAUGUGAGCUGCACAAGUCCGGCUGUUUGUCCGGAGUCAACAUAGAGAUAGACCAUUCGUUAAAGUGUUUCAUACCUUCAGCGUCCAAAGCAAAGAAUGUGCGAAUCCUACCGAAAACCGCAGACAACGCCAUUGAAUUGGAAACCAAAUCGAAAGAAGCGAAAACGUGCGGUUCCCCGCAAUACGAAAUUAUGAAGGAUAAUUUGUUGCUGAUAAAUCAUGCCAAACUCAUGUACCAAAAGAGUUGGAACAGUGGUAAGGAGUAUAUGGUCAGUGCGUUGUUUCGUUACUUGGAUUUAGACGGCAACGGAUUUUUGCAACUGGACGAAUUACAAAAGAUAACCAAACAGGAUAAACUCGAUGAUAUGUCUGACGUUUGUGUCAUGUCAGAUAUGAUUCGCUUUGAAGAUAUGGAUAAAGAUGGACGUCUAGGUUUGAACGAAUUCUACGCAGCUUUCAGUAAACUAUAUAGCUUGUCGGUGGUCACUUUGGAAAAAGCGCUAGAGAUCAAUAGAAUAUCCGCAAAGGUCGGCGACAAUGUCGAAAUCCGUUGCGACGUCAGCGGUAAUCCGCCUCCUCCGAUCGUUUGGAAACGAUAUUCCGCCGAUCUAACGACCCUGGGCGACGAGGACGUGAGGGUUUUUAGCGAUGGGUCGUUGUAUCUCACCAAAAUACAAUUGGUCCACGCUGGGAAUUACACGUGCAGAGCUUUAAGAAAUUCCGAGGUUACUCAGACGCACGUGUUGACCGUCCAUACUUUGCCUGAAGUUAAAGUCACGCCCAGAAUCCAAUCGCGGAGACCAGGCGAAAAGACUUCCAUGUUUUGUCACGUAAUUGGAGAACCUUUUCCCGAGGUGGUUUGGCUGAAAAACGAAGAGCGUUUAAAAUUGGACAUGGUGCACAAGUACAGAGUAGUCGGUAAUGGAACUGAAUUGAGUAUUGAUAACAUCGAUUACGCGGACACCGGUGCAUACAUGUGCCAGGCAUCGAACACCGGUGGGGUCACCAGAGACAUAUCGUCACUAAUCGUCCAAGAAAUAUUGACGCCCAGUGAGUAUGCCGCGCCGAAAGAAGAACGCCGGUUUUUCGCUUUUCACGACUGGGGAGUGUCUGUUUACGAGCCCACUGCUUGCCGGCUCUACCAUCAAAUUCAAUCCACCGACAUCAUACCGGGAACUCAGGAAUAUGUGUGUGGCGACAAAGGCGUCAACUGCAGCUGGGGACAGGCUAUCAACGUGGCCAAUCGUUACGUUUACGUAUCGCAGCCGCUUAAAGAUAGAGUGUUGGUCAUCAGCAAAAUUCAGAUGGUCGUCGUUGACGUCGUGAUCACGGACAAAUAUCCAGUGGCUCUGCACUACGUGGCGCAUUUAGAUCAAGUAUGGGUAUUGAAUUGGAGGAGCGUGUACGACGACGGUGUAAAGACGAUACAGGUGAUCAGGGACGCGUCUCAAAAGCGAAAACACCACACCGUCCACCCGGAACCGAUAGACGGUCAAUUCGAUUUGGUCAGAGAUUUGUUCAUGCCCACGGCACAGGAUCUGAGCCACUGGUUUAAAUACGGUUAUGUGAGCCAUGCCAACCAAAGAGGACUAUACAAACUGGAUUUGGCCAACAUGCGGUACAUAAGAAGUAUAGACCUGUCACCGUACAACUGUGUACCCCGCACCCUGCAAUUCUCGUCCUUGUACGGUUUUGUUAUCAUCGAAUGCGAAGAACCAGGAACCGGACACGCCACGGGCCAGGUGAUCUUAGAUUAUUUGACCGACACGGUGGUCAACAAAAAGACUACGAUCAGAGGAAGUCCUUUGGUUUCGCCAGACAGCAGAGUCGUCGUGUCCAUCGAUAAAGCCACCGAUGGUGUGACCUUGGUUGUCCAACAAGUUUUAGAAUCUGGACUCAAAUUUUCAUUCGAUGUCAAAACCACUCUAAUGAUCAGUGACAUAGCAUUCUAUCCGUCUCGAACCACACACGGGUAUGAUUUAUACGCCAGCGCUGCAGACAAAGAAGAUAUACUGUUUCUGAAUCUAUCUAACGGUAAAGUAGAAAUGAUCACCGGCGUAGGCAAGGCCAUGCUCCAGUCGUUGACGCAGUGGGGUAACCCUAACCGUCCAAUAGCCGCGUCCGGUAUUUUCGGUCACUAUAUGGUUACGCCAGCCGAUGAAGCGUUGUUUGUGAUCAACGGCGAAACCCGGACGGUGAACUGCGAGAUCGGCGGUCUGAUCCAUCCUAGACUGGUCACGUGGGUCACCAUGCAGCUACAAUAAACACAGAAGACAGAAUUCAAAAUUUUGAAGAAAAAAAUCGCGUUGUUAUUGAUUAUUAUUAUUAUUAUUGUUGAUACCGUCAUUACUCAUUCUUUCUUAUUUUCUCGCUAUCAUAAUAUCUAUGAAAUCAUCAUCUCGUCGUGUUGCUUUUAAACAUUUUUCGUUUCGUUCAGUUUCGUUGUUCAUAAAGGUACCUCACAGUUCACACAAUAUAGCGGAUUAGGUGUAUACGUUAAGUUUAAAUAUUUAAACCAUAAUCUUUAUAUAAUAUAUAAUAAAGCAAUGAUAAAAUUAUAAUAUAGUAAUAAACCGAGCGCGGCGGUGCGGUGGUCGAAUGUCGUUCAAACAGUUUUCACGUUUUAUUUGAACAUCAUAAUAAUAAUAUGCAUAACAUAAAAUGCUUAUUUUUUUCGUGUUUUUCGUAAUAUUUAACGUUAGCCAACGCGUCAAAGUUCGUAACUCAGUCUUGUUUUUUUCAAACUAAAAUAAAAUCAAUGAGUCUCGUCGUUUCAGUCAUUUUUCUGACUCCGAGCCAAAUAAUAUAUAUUAUGUUAUUAUUAAAUACGUUGUCGCCGUGAUUGUUCGAAGCCCAUACUAUAGUACUCACUUGAUAAUGUGCCUAUAUAAUAUAAUAUAUAGUAAGUAGAGAGUAUGCAGUGGUAAAAUUCCAUUACGUCCAAUUUAGCGGAUAUACGGUUUGUUUGCUCUCGACACAUAUAUAUAUAUAUAUAUAUAUAUAUAUAUACUUACAUUAUCGGUGAUAAUACCAUUACUAUAUGUUAUUAUGAGUACCUAGCUGUUCGUUUUACUGGGGAUACGUCCCGCUAAACGGAGUAGGUCACGACGAGAGUCACGAUACGACGUUUUAAACAAAAUAUAAUACACGUAGUAAUCAUCGAAAAAUAUGCGACGUUUCAGAUCAACGGCCAACGUUUCAAUCCAAAGAUAUAUGAUAAUAUUAUAUUUUUGAUUAGUAUAUUAUAUUAUACGUAUAAUAUUAGUAUGUCGUGUGUGAAUUUAUAAUAAUAUAAUAUAUACCUAUCAUAUAUAAAUAACAUAAAAAACACGGACU